AUGAGUUCAAAAUAUGAAAAUGAAAGCUUUUUAUCAACAGGAUCUAAUAAAUAUUAUGAACGAGAAGAUUCUGUUUUAUUACAUAAUGACGAAGAUGAAUAUAUGAAUAACAGAAGAGUGAACAAAUACAAUUAUGAGAGAAAAAUGAAGUAUCAUGAACAAAAUUUUAAUAAAAGGAGAAAUAAAAAAUGGAAUUAUUUUAUAAUAUUUUUUUUAGGAAUAUGCUUUGGUUUUGCAAUAUGGCCCUUUUUCAUGACAAUUAUAACUUAUAAACUAUUUUACACAGAUAACUAUAAUAAUUCAAAUUAUAAAACAAACAAUUCUUCUGCAUCAUUAAAGGAUUAUGGAAAUGAGAAAAAUAAAAAGAAUGAUACAAAAGUAACUAUGAAAGAUCAAUCAAAAAAAAGUAUAUCUCCCCAUUUUAAACCUAUAAAGUUUGAUGAAAUAGCAGGAAUAGAUGAAUCUAAGUUAGAAUUGUUAGAGGUAGUUGAUUUUAUUAAAAAUAGAGAAAAAUAUCAUCAAAUGGGAGCAAGAAUGCCUAAAGGAGUUUUGUUAGUUGGUCCUCCAGGUUCAGGAAAAACUAUGUUAGCUAGAGCAGUAGCAACAGAAGCAAAUGUUCCCUAUAUAUAUACUUCAGGUCCUGAAUUUAUUGAGAUAUAUGUAGGACAAGGUGCUAAAAGAAUUAGGCAAUUGUUUGCUCAUGCAAGAUCAGUAGCUCCUUCUAUAGUUUUUAUUGAUGAAAUUGAUGCUAUUGGAGGAAAGAGAAGUUCGGGAUCACUAAAUGGUGCUGGUCAGAGGGAACAUGACCAAACAUUAAAUCAAUUAUUAGUUGAAAUGGAUGGAUUUAGUAAUAGUGUACAUAUAAUGGUUAUAGGGGCAACUAAUAGAAUUGAUACUCUUGAUAGUGCUUUACUUAGACCUGGUAGAUUCGAUAGAAUAGUUUAUGUUCCUUUACCUGAUAUAAAUGGUAGAAAGAGAAUUCUCGAAAUAUAUAUUAAAAAAAUUAAAAGUGAUUUAAAAGAAGAAGAUAUUGAAAAAAUAGCUAGAUUAACUCCUGGCUUUUCAGGAGCUGAUUUAGAAAAUGUAGUAAAUGAAGCUACUAUAUUAGCAACAAGAAAUAAAAAGAGUUUAGUUACAAUUAAUGAAUUAUUUGAAGCAAGGGAUAAAGUUUCAAUGGGCCCAGAGAGAAAAUCAUUAAGGCAAUCAGAACAUCAAAGAAGAAUUACUGCUUAUCAUGAAGCCGGUCAUGCUAUUGUUGCAUAUUUUCUCCACCCUAAAACAGAUCCUAUUCAUAAAGCUACUAUUAUUUCAAGAGGAAAUGCACUUGGAUAUGUAGAACAAAUACCAAUUGAUGAUAGACAUAAUUAUUUUAAAAGUCAAAUGGAGGCAAAGCUGGCAGUUUGUAUGGGAGGUAGAACUGCAGAAGAAAUUGUUUUCGGGAAAUCAGAAACGAGCAGUGGUGCUUCUAGUGAUAUUUCUAGAGCUACUGAAAUUGCUUAUAAAAUGGUUACAGAAUGGGGAAUGUCUGAUAAAUUGGGGCCUUUAAAUUAUAAAAAAAGAAUGGGAGAUGGAUAUUCAUCUAAUAGAUUAUCAGCUCAAACCAUUUCUACAAUAGAAACAGAAGUAAAACAUUUUGUAGAAAAAGGUAAAAGUUUAUCAGAAGAAAUAUUAAGAAAACAUAGAAAAGAAUUAGAUAAUUUAGCUUUUGCGUUACUGGACAAAGAAACUUUAUCAGGAGAAGAAAUAAAAAAUAUCAUCGAUCCUAAUAAUUCAAAAGAUUAUUCAAAUAAUAUUCCAAAUUUAAGCAAUAACACAAAAAAAGAUCAAACAACUAAUGAUAAUAAUAAUAAAAAUGAAAAUAAUUUUUUUAUUAAUAAUGAUCAAAAUACGAAUAAUUUUAUUAAGAAAAGUACGCAAACCAAAGAAAAUAAUAUAGAAAAUAAAAAAAAUAUACAGCAUAUUGGAAAUCAAGAUUGCAUAUCAAGUAAAAAUGAUAAAGUGCACACUAAUGAAUGUUCUAAUGCAAAUGAAAAUGAAAUAAAUAAAAAUAAAGGAAUAGAAGAUCGUAAUGAUGAAAUAAGUAAUAUUAACGAAAAUCUCAAUAAUGUAAUUAAAAAGAAUGACCUAAAAAGCAAUCAUAAAAUAUUAAAUGAAAGCAAACAUUCAAAAGUAUUCAGUGAAAAUUCUUACAAUGAAAAUAUUGAAUUGAAAAAUAAUGAGAAAAACUACUCAAAUGAAAAUUUGAUAAUAACAUAUAACAACAAUGAAAUAAUGAAUAAAAACACAAAUAAAGAUGAACUAAAGAAUAUAGGUAAAAAUGAAGAAAAAGAUGAAAAACAUAGUGUUAGAAAUGAUAAAAGCAAAGUAGAUAAUAUAAAGGAACAUGCCAAAAAGAAUAUAAGAAACUUAAAAAAAAAAUAUUCUAAGGAUCCUAAUAAAAAAAAAAAAAAUAUAUUAAAGAUAAUUAAUGAGCAUAAUUCAUAUAACAAGGAUAAAGAAGUAGAUAAUGAAAAAGUAGAAAGCAAUAAAAAGGAAUCAGAAAACUUAAAUCAAAGUAAUUCUAGAAAUUUUAUUCCCAAAAAUAAUAAUAAUAUUGUGAAAAAUAUAAAUGAACUUUAUGAAUCUAGUCUUUUUGAAGAUAAGCAUAAUGACAAUGAUGGCUUUGUAAAAACAAAAGAACAAGCUUUUGAUAAUUUUAAUGAAUUAAUAGAUAUAUCCCAUAUUAAAAAUAUUGACGAAAUGAAAAAGUUUAACAUUUUUGAACACAAUUUAAAUAAAUUAUUUUUAUUUGAUAUUUUUAAUAAUUAA